AAUUCAGUGUUGGGAAAACUUUGGCGGUGAUAAAUUGUGGGCUAAACAUUUUUCAACUUUUUUUUUCGCUUUUUCGAAGUGUACUAAACGAACGUAGACACAAGGAUUUGCAGUGCAAACUAACUUUGAAUAAUUUAAAGCGAAGCAGUUAAUAGAGAUUUAGACAAAGUAAAUUUGAAAUUUUCGUGAAUUUGUGCUUCUUAAAGUGUACACACCGUUGUUAUAAAAUGGAAGAGUCACCGUUAGUCAUAAGCUAUAAACAAAAACGUUACGAUUUAACACAGUUUCAACAUAAGCAUCCCGGUGGUCUAAAUACGCUGAAAGGCCUGAAUAAUCAAGACAUCGAACAGAGAUUCGAAAAGGCACCGCCUCACUCAGACGCAGCUCUGUAUCUGAUGAAAGAAUAUGAACUUAAGAAUGCGAAGGAGGCAAACAACAACAACACAGGCAGCAGCAACGGAUUCCUUAAAAAUGGAAUUUCGAAUGGUCACAGUAAUGGCAUUGGAAAUGGAAGUGUUCAUACGGAAAACGUUAAUGGCAGUAUACCACAUAAAACAGAUGAAAGCAUGGAGCACCUUGUCGACUGGUCAAAACCGAUGCUCUCACAAAUCGGUUCACUGAAAGAAAACUAUUCAGAAUGGGUUAACAAGCCGGUAGACAGACCGUUAAGAUUGUUUGGACCCACAUGGCUGGAAAAUCUAACAAAAACACCUUGGUGGCUGGUUCCAUUAUUUUGGAUUCCAUCGAUAGGUUACAUUGCCUCAAUCGGAUUGAAAGAGGCUUACGCUGCAGGUUUCAGUUCUAGUUACGUAUUACUUAGUUUUAUUGCCGGGAUAGCAUUGUGGACGAUUUUGGAGUAUUCAUUACAUCGAUGGGUUUUCCAUUUGAAUGCUGAAAAUGGCGGGGUUUUCCUCUGCACUUUUCAUUUUUUACUACAUGGAUUACAUCAUAAGGUGCCUUUCGACCCAUAUCGGUUGGUCUUUCCGCCGGUUCCAGCCACAAUACUUGCUACAUUAUUCUAUCAACCUCUACCGCUGUUAGCUAGCUGCCCGAAAAUAGUUUUAGCCGGUGGAUUAGUCGGCUAUCUGUGUUAUGAUAUGAUCCAUUACUACAUUCAUUACGGCAGUCCAACGUUCAACUAUAUGUACAUGUUGAAACGGUAUCACUAUCAGCAUCAUUUUGUGCAUCAUGAUGCCGGAUUCGGUAUAAGCAGUCCGAUUUGGGAUGUUGUGUUUGGUACGAAAAUAUUUUUAAGAAAACUGAAGUACAUGCUAAGAUGGUGAUUUUGUGUAUAAUAUGAGUUUGUAAUGUAUAUGUUGCCGUUCGGUAUGCAGAACCGCAAUUAAGUCAUAAAAAUAAUAAAUUUUAUAAUUUAAUCUACAAAA